AUGCCGUCACGCGGGGAGCUACCCGCGUUCACCUUCACGGCGCGAGAAGACAACCGCUCACCCGCCGGAGCACCACCGUCCGCAGCAGCAGUCCCCGCUACGGCCCCCGCCGGCUCUCCACUCCCCACAGCAACAACGACGACGGUCGCGCCGAAGACCGGAAAGCCUUCCCCCGUCAAGCCGCCAGCGGCUUCCCCUACGAUCCGGCCUUCCCCUGGGGUUUUCAGGAGUGGGGUGUCUGGGGCAGCUGCAGGGCCUUCAAGCAGAGCGCCAGGACGCGGCGGUAUUGGAAGGACGGCAGGGGGGAGGGCGGGCGGAAGGGAUCACAGCGGCCGGGGGCGAUUAGCCGCCGGAAGGGACGCGCCGCGCGUUGCUUUUGGGCGGGGAGUACCGAACGCUGCGGUUCCGAGUGCUAAGGCGGGAGGUAGCGGCAAGACUGCUGGCACUGGCAAAACGGCGUCUGCAGCCGGGAAAUUGGCUGAUUCCGGUCCUGUCAAAACUGCAGCUGCGGUUGCUAAUGCGACGACCACUGGCGGCACCACCGCCGCGGUAUCCAUGCCAAAGAAAGAAUCUUCCGCACAUGGGGUCAACGAGCCCCCGUCCGAACCAACAGCCGCGCGAAGCAUUGGCGUGAACGUGGCGCAGCCUCCGCACCUGGCACAGCCGAGCGCAGUGACGGCCGCCGCGACUACCGCAGCUCCCGCGCAAGGGAGCGCGGGGAUCUUAAGGACGGGAAGGGGGGACGCGGCAGCCGCAGCGGCUGCGGGCGUAAUAUCGGCGGGAACCGCGGCGGGGUUUCGGGAGCCAGGACCCGGAGCUGCCGUUGGCAUCGCGGGGGCGGAACCCGGGAGCUCGUCGGGGGCUUUCACGGUGUUUCCGCGCACGGGGCGGGGGGAUGUGCGGCGGGCGUACGCGCUGGGGAAGGAGCUGGGGAAGGGCGGAGGGGGCGUGGUGCGCGAAUGCUUGGAUCCGCUCACGGGGCGGCCGGUGGCGGCGUGCAAGAGCAUUCCCAAGUCGAAGCUACAGCGGCGCGACCUGGCGGACGAGGUGCGCAUGGAAGUAACGGCGAUGAAGCGGCUGCACGGGCACGCGCACGUGGUGCAGCUGCUGGGCGUGUACGAGGACGCGCGCGCCGUGCACCUCGUCAUGGAGCUCUGCACCGGCGGCGACCUCUACGACUUCCUCACCGCCGCCGUCACGCUCCCGGAGCCGCUCGCCGCGCGCAUCGCCAGCCAAAUCCUCCGCGCGCUGAGUCACUGCCACCGCAACGGCAUACUCCAUCGCGACGUGAAGCCCGAAAACAUCCUCCUCGUGCGCGCAGCGCCACUCCCCAACCGCGCUUCCGCCUCCGCCGCCGCCGACGGCGCGGAUGGCAAACCUGCAGGGCAAAACCCCGCGGAAGCGGUGAAGGCGUCGACGGCGGCGGGCGCGGCCGGCGCGGCGGGCGGAGACGGCGGGGACGCCCCGCCGAGUACCCCGAGCAGCACGGCAACGAGCAGCCUGUUCAGCACGCGGAGCAGCUUCCUCGACUCCGCCACCGGCGCAACCACCACAGCCAGCGCCAGCACCGCCACCAGCAGUCACGGCGCGACGCGGGGCAACCACGUGGACGACACCGACGCGAGUGGGGCCUGGGGCGCCCGCAGCGGCGGCGGCGGCGGAGGCGGCGGGGAAUUCGGCGCGGAGGUCGGCGCGGAAAACGGGUGGGCGGGGAUCCACGUGAAGCUGGCGGAUUUCGGGCUGGCGGUUCCGCUGAAACCGGGGCAGCAGGCCGUGGGAAUGCACGGCAGCUCCGUGUAUAUGGCGCCUGAGGUGGUAUGUCGGAAACCGUACGGCGUGCAGGUGGACAUGUGGGGGCUAGGCGUUAUACUCUAUACUGCGCUCUCCGGUUUUAUGCCGUUUUGGGGCACGACGGACGAGGAGCUCUUUGUGCGGAUUCUUCGCGGCCGCCCGGAUUACCGCAGCGAUCCGUGGCCGUCGAUCUCGGACGAAGCGAAGGAUCUGAUCCGUUGGUUGCUGACGAUAGAUCCGCCUCGCCGAGCGACCGCGGAAGCCGCGCUGGCGCACCCGUGGAUCCUCCGCCACUGCCCUCCGCAGCUGCCGUCCCUCUCGCUUCCGCCCACGCUGCGCGAAGCGGGCGCCCCGCAGCACAGGCGCAGGCCCGCGUCCUCCGCGUUCCCCCCCGGGAGCCUGCACUUUCCGCCAUCCACCGCGCGGAGGCUUGAUGGCGCCGUGGGGGUGCGCGGAUUGGGGGAGAAAAGCGGGGAAAGGGCGAAGGGAGGGGCUACUCCUGCCUCCACCGCUUUCGCUCCCUGCGCAACCGUUGUUCCUGCUCCUUCUACUGCUCCUCCUCCUCGUCCUGCUGCUGCUGCUGCUGCUGCCUGUCCCGCUGCUGCUGCACCUGCCGUGGAGACGGCGGCACAGGAGGUACACAUGGAUGUAUGCACGCGCGCGGACAUGGACGCGUGUGGGCGUGGCGCAGGUGCUGCGACGGACGCAUGUGCGAGAGCCGAUAUGGACACAGAUGUGGAGAUGAGUGAUGGGGCUGCUGUUGUUGGUCUUUCUGCUGCUGCUGCUGGUGGGAAGGGGCAGGGCGGCAGUGGCAGCGCGGAGCAUUCGCCCAUGAAGGAGGGACCGGAUGACGCUGCUUGCAUGGAUGGGCAUGAGCAGGCGCAAGGACAUGGGUUUGUGCAUGCGCCUUUGCCUGCGCCUGAGAAUGGGCGCUUCCAGUCGCAUGCGCAGGUGAACGAGGCGCUGUCCUGGCAGCACCAGCAGCACCAGCAGCAGCAACACGAGCAGCAGCAACGGCAACAGGAGCAGCAGCAGCAGCAGCAGCAGCAGCAGGUGCAGAUGCAGGAAUUCAGUCAGUUCCCCCCCACUCAAGCGCACGGGCGUGGCUUUGCCCACAGCUACAUGCACGGGCAGUCCCCUCUCUACCCUCGCCUGCCAGGCCAAGACCCCGCCUUCGCUGCCUUCGCCCCCACUCCCCCUUUCAACCACUCCUCCGCUUACCACCACUCCAACCCUACUCCGCCCCUGCUUCCGGCACCGGAUUUCACCUGCCCCAACCCCACCUCUUCCUCUGCAUUCCUGCCUCCCUCUCCUGCCGCCUCUCCCGCUCCUUCCUUCGCCUCGUCUGCUUCCUCUUGCCCCACGCCUUUCCUCGCCCCGCUACCUCCACUCUCCAUGCUCCCUACCUCUGCGUUCAGCCUGUCCCACACGCCCACUGCCCCUGGUGCCGCUGCUUCCGCUGCCCCCACCGCCCGUGCCCCUUCUCCUUACGACACCACAGCACCUCUCUCCGUUUCUGCCGCUCCAGCUCCCGCCACCUCUCCAUUUGCAACCGCCGUCGCUACAGCUGCUCCUGCCGUCCAUGCUACAGCUGCCGCCGUUGCCGCUCCCAGUUCCCCCUCUCCUCUCCCUGGUCAGUCCAGCCCAGCCGGUUCAAGCUCACCCACAGCCCUCCCCCCUGGCACCUUCGUCAUCUUCGGUAGAAGCGCACCCACUACUAGCACAGCAGCUGCAGCAGCUGCACCAGGAGCAGCAGGAGUGGCACAGCUGCAACAGUCGUCCGUUCUGGCACAGUCACCGCUUGCCCCUGCCCCUGCUUCUGCUUCUGCUGGUGCUGGCACUGGUGCUGGUGUGUGGUCAGGCAGUCGGGGUUGCAGUGGCGGCUACCACUCCCCUCACUGCGCCUGCAGCAGCCCCCCUAUUGGCCUCUUCUCUAUUGGGGCGCCAGGCGCUUUCCGGCUGGGAACAGCAGACCUGGAAGAUGGUGCAUUCACCCGAGGAAGAGCAGUGGCGGAUACGAUCAUGGGGGAGGGCAGCCGGGGAUCGGCUGGGAAGAUUUCGUUGGGCAACCGAGAGGGUAUCAGCCCCGGUCGUCGGAGGUGCUUGUUUGCCCAAGCCCACUCUGCCAGCAACGCUGCCUCUGCUGCUCCACUUGCUCCCUCUGCUGCUGCAUCGGCUGCUGCACUGGCAGCGUCCGCAGCAGCGGUAUCAGCGUCUGCUGUUUGCGUCUCUGUGCCGCCUUCACUCGCGCCUGCACCCAAGGCUAUGAGGGGGGGAGGGGGAGGAACCAGCCUAGGCCCCAUCACGUCCCAGCGCACGCGCCCGUCUGCUCUCAGCAGCCCUUUCUACCUGUUUUCGCCCAAGAGGAAGCUGCGCAAGGCCCAGGUUGUGAGCGGUGGAGGGAACGACGAGCGAGCAGGGCGAGGAGAGAAGGGCGCGGGAAUGUCAGCAGUGGCUGCAGCAGCUGCUGAGGCUGCCGCCACUGCUGCUGCAGCAGGGGAUUCAUGCCCUGGGUCGGUGGGGUCCAUAUCUGCUUUUCGAGCCCGUCUCUCCCCUGCGGUGCAGAUCGACAGGUUCGGCGCUCCCGUGCCUAAGGCUAUCUAUUCCUCCACGGGAGAAGUCCUUCCCCCUGCUGCUCCUGAUGCUGCCACUGCCGCAGCGGCUGCCGCUGCUGCUGCUGCUGCUGCGACAGCAGGCAGUACUGCUGCUGGUGUAAAGGCAGGUCAACCCCUGUUCACCUCCACUCCUCCAAACACCUCUAUUGCUGUCACUCACACGCCUGCGAAUCCAACCACUGCCAACACCACUCCCACCACGACCUGCAGCGCUGUACCAUCGUCCCCUCUCUCGAGUGCUACCCCCACCAGUGUUGGCACCCCAACGCAAGCCGCAUCCAGCAGCAGCCCCUUCUCCUCCUCUGCCUCCCCCUUCGCUGCUGCCUCUGCCAUCGCCCGUGCUUCUGUGAAGAGCCUCUUUCGGAGCAUCAGCAGGGGCGGCGGCGGCAACGGCGGCAGUGGCAGCAACGGCAACAGCUCUGCUGGUGGUAACCAGAGUAGUGGUGUGAACGGAGAUGUUGCUAGCGGGGUUUGCCCUGCUGGGGCUGGAGGGGAGUUAGAGCAGGAUCGUGCACUAGCUGCUGCUGUCGCUCUUGGGCUCUAUGAGAGCAAUGCAAUGCAGGCAGGACCGGCAGGAGGACAAGGGGGUAGAGGUGUCGGGAGUGGUGGCGAGGCGGGGAUUGGUGGAGCAGGUGUGAGGAGGGGGCUGUUUUCUGGUUCGCCAUCGAAGCGAGCACCGCUAACCCGAAGGACAAACUCUGCCAAGACUGGGUCCACUCCUCGUGGGCUCUUUUGA